CGAGAGGAGAGUCAGAGAGAGAAGAAGAAGCCGCACGAGCAGCGGGUCAGCUGUUUUCUUGUUGACAGGUGGAGGAGCGAGGAUCUCUGCAGAACCGCAGAGAAACUAAAACAAGGCUGCGGUGGAGCGCUGAACACUGAUCGGAGAAUCAUGUCUGAGUUGUCAGGAAAAGUGCAAUCUGUCCUGGGUCUUCUGGAUCCGGACCAGCUGGGCCGCACCAUGACCCACGAGCACCUGACCAUGACCUUCGAGUGCUGCUACUUCCCUCCUCCCCUGGGCGACGAGGCGGUGGCGGAGAACCCCUUCCAAAUGCAGCACAUGCACUGGCUGAGGCAGAACCCCUACUGCUGCCACGAGAACCUGCUCCUGAUGCAGGAGACCGGUGCAGUGCGGGACGAGCUGCUGGCGUACAGGAAGGCAGGCGGGGGCACGAUAGUGGAGAACACCACCACCGGCAUCGACCGGGACCUGCCCACCCUCCGACAGCUGGCCAAAGACACCGGGGUGCACGUCAUUGCGGGAGCGGGGUACUACGUUGACUGCACCCACUCUGAGGCCACGAAGAAGAUGAGCGUGGAGAAGCUCACGGACAUCAUCGUCGGGGAGGUGCUUCACAGCGCAGACGGGACGGACAUCCGCUGCGGUGUGAUCGGAGAGAUCGGCACCGGCUGGCCCAUCACCGAGAGCGAGAAGAAGGUGCUGAGGGCCACGGCUCACGCUCAGGCUCAGCUCGGGUGUCCUGUCAUCAUUCAUCCUGGCAGAAAUCCCUCCGCCCCGGCCGAAGUCAUCCGGAUUCUGCAGGAGGCCGGCGGUGACAUCGGCAAAACUGUCAUGUCUCACCUGGACAGGACUAUAUUCGAUGAGGGUGAACUGCUGGAGUUCGCCAAACUGGGGAGUUAUCUGGAAUACGACCUGUUCGGAACGGAGAUGCUAAACUACCCUUACAACCUGGAGGUGGACAUGCCCAGCGACAGUCAGAGAGUGAAGGCCUUGGCGCUCCUGGUGAAGGAGGGCUACGAGGACAAGAUCGUGAUCGCGCACGACAUCCACACCAAGAACCGCCUGACCAAAUACGGCGGCCACGGCUACUCUCACAUCCUGAAGAACAUUGUGCCGAAGAUGCUCAUGAGGGGCAUCUCUCAGCACCAGGUGGACAAGAUUCUCAUCGACAACCCGAAACGCUGGCUCACCUUCAAAUAAAGCCAAAAUCAAAAAAGAGAA